AUUGUUAUUGUUAUGUGUGGAGUCUACAACAUCACCAAAGCUAUGUUUGCCAUAAUUUUAUGUUAAUAAUUAUUUUGCCUUAUAAAUGUUAUUUUAUGUUCUGAAAAAUUUAAUGUUUAACAUAUCAUUUAAAUUCGUGAUGAUAUUGGAAUUUUACAGUUCUAAUGUAAUUUGGCCCAUGUCAUUUUGAAGGUUAUGGGGUUUAGUCUAAACACUUUUUGUUUAGCCUAAUUGAACUUCAUUUUGCAAUCGCACAAGUCUUAAGCUUAUCUCUUUUUCACUCUUUUUUGCACAGGACUCAUUUUCUGUAAAUAUAGAACAUUUGCUUUACAGUAAUAAUUUGUAGACCAUCAGUUGAAAAACAUUCAUGAUUUCUAAGGUUAAUUUAUUUAUUUAACAAUUUCUACUAAUGAUGAAGACUGGUAUGUUAAUCAUAUCACAUCCAAAUGCUGUAUACAGGAAUUUACCAAAGUUGAUAUCAGAAAUCAAUAACAUUUUAUAUAUACAAUACUUCCCACUUGAUAGAUGGAACAAAAACAUCACCUUUAAGAGUGUUAACAGCGGAAACAUCAAGCCUAACUGGCCAAACUAUAGUUCAUUGGUCAUUGGUCUUUAUUCUAAAGUGUUGUCAUACAAACAUUUAGAUGUACGGAUACUUCUUUCUGGCACAAAACUGAAAGAAAAAGAAAAGGUUAUUACCAAGAAACCUAUUGAUUUUGUUUGUUAUGAUGAAACAUUCAGAAAAGAUGAUGUUAACAACUACGUUUCUUCCUUUGUUCAAAAUAAGGUUGCAGAUUGCCAAAUUGUUGCUUUAAGUAAUGACAACAGCUGUGAAGUAGGCCUAAAUGAUAAUUGUAUAGCAGAAGUAGAAAACAUACCAUGUAACAUUUAUGACAACGUCGUUUUGGGUGGAACUUUUGAUAGACUUCAUUAUGGCCAUAAAAUAUUAUUAAGUGAAGCUAUCCUGAGAUGUCGCAAAAAAAUUACUGUUGGAGUCACUGACACGCCAAUGCUUAAAAGCAAAAAGCUGUGGGAAUUGGUGGAGCCUUGCGAGCUUAGGAUUCAAAAAGUGAAGGACUUUUUGGAGGAAGUCGACCCUUCGAUAGAAUACGACGUUGUCCCGAUCAGUGACAUUUACGGUCCCACCAAAGAUGAUCCUACAUUCCAGAUGAUAGUGGUGAGUUCAGAGACAACCCGAGGUGGUUCAGCAGUUAACCAAGUGAGGGAGGCCAACGGUCUCAACACUCUGUGUAUACACGAGGUGGGACUCCUCGUUGACCCCAACAAAGAAGAUGAAGUGGAGGAAGACAAGAUCAGUUCCAGUAAUCUGAGGUUGCGCUGUCUCGGAACACUACUUCGCCCUCCUCAGCCUAACCCUGCCAUUCCAGAAUCACCUUACAUUGUUGGUCUCACAGGAGGCAUUGCCAGUGGCAAGACUAACAUUGCAGACUACCUGGCCACCCUAGGUGCCGGGGUGGUUAGUUGUGACAAGCUAGGCCACGAGAUAUACAGUGUGGGGAAACCAGGGCAUACCCAAGUUGUGGAGGUGUUUGGAGAUGGAGUCUUAGAUGCUUCUGGAGCCAUUGACCGCAAAAAGCUUGGAGCCAUCGUGUUCAGCAAUAAGGAGAAGUUGCAAGUUCUGAAUCAGCUGUUGUGGCCGCUGAUACUGCAAGAGGCUCAACAGAGUGUGAAACAGCUGUAUUCUCAAGGUCAUAAGGUUGUGAUUCUGGAGGCUGCUGUGUUGAUAUCAGCUGGUUGGCAGACUCACUGCCACGAACUGUGGACCUCUAUAGUGCCUCCAGAUGAGGCAGUAAAACGAGUCAUGGAAAGAAAUGGAUUGACUGAACAAGAAGCAAGGGCUCGGGUGGAGGCUCAGCCAAAGAACACGGAAUAUGUAGAGUUAGCUAAUGUAGUGUUGAGUUCCCAGUGGAGAGUGGAGUAUACCCGUAAACAGGUUGACAAGGCGUGGACUGGGUUGCUGACAAGGUUGGGGCUCCACACAUAACACAGGAGGACGGAUUUGUCAGCAUUUAUGUGAUACAGCUUUUAUAUGACUUCACGUCUAGUACAGUAAUAAUCAUAUAGCUUGUUUGUACUUAACCUUAUUGAAUAUAUAUAUAUUACUGUUGAAAUGGUUGGUUAUUAAAUAAUGCUUUAUUUUCA